AUGUCUGUCAAGGUCUUUAUCUACGCCUACCGCAAGCACGGCCUCUCUCUCGAGGACUUCAAGACGCACUAUGAGGCUCACGUCGACCUCGUCAAGCGCAUCUCGGGCGAUGACUUCCCCAUCUCCCACAAGCGCAGCUAUGUCCUGCGCAACCCCGUCGAGGUUGCCGCGGAGGGAACCAGCGAGCGCAAUGCUCUUACCCCGGCCACUGUGAUUGUCGGCCAGCAGUCUGACUUUGAAUUCGACGCCUACGCCGAGCUCACCUUCGCCGACCAGGCUGCUUUCCAGGCCUUCGGUGCCAAGGUCUAUGCUCCCGACGCCGCCGCUCAGAUUGCUGCCGACGAGGAGAAGUUCCUAGACAAGUCGAAGCUCGGAAUUGUCAUGCUCGGGGAUGUCAUCGAGACCUCCAAAUAA